AUGUCGCUCUGUCUUGCUAUUGUUAUACACACUGCCGAGAGAUGCGUCCGUCCUAUAGAAGUCAAGGACACAAAUCCGAUCGGGAAGAGAAACCCCUUCACGGUUGGAACAACACGUGAUAAGCCCACUGUAGAUGCUACAACAAACAGAAUCAACAGCCUCCUCUUUAAGGUGAGAUCCCUUAGGAUGGAUGGCUCCUGUGCAUUGAACCUUUGUAGUGUUGCUUGUGGUAGGAUUGACAUCUUCUAUGAACUCGGGUUUGGCGGUCCUUGGGAUGUUGCUGGCGGGGCAAUCAUUCUUCAAGAAGCUGGAGGACUCAUUUUCGACCCGCAUGGAGGGGAUUUUGACAUCAUGUCAAGGAGAGUGGCUGCAUCAAACGGCCAUCUGAAGGAUCUAUUUGUUGGUGCUUUGAGGGAAGCAGAAGGAAACGGCCCUUAAUAAUUCCAGCAGGCCAACAAUGUCUGAAUCUCCCAGUCUGAAGAAAAUGUCCAGCUUCUCUCGCAUUUAAAUUUAUCAAAAUACACAUUGUUCCUCUUAAGUUAUCCCUCUUUCAUUCAACCGAUCCGAAUUCUGAUGAAAUAUCAUUUUUAUUUUUAUUUUUAUCAUGUAUUAGCUGCCUAUGUUGGCUUCCCUGCCUUGUUUUUGGACUCCAAAUGUUGAUUAUGACAAAUGUAUACAAAUAUAUAUU